AUGGAGGACGUCAGGUUGGUAGACUGGGGGGAAUCUUUUCCCACGAGUGAGACGGCAACGGCAACUCAUCUUGCUCAACCCUGCGAUCUGAAAUCCCCCGAGGCCUUCUUCGUCGGUUCAAUCGACUACCGGCACGAUUUGUGGAGGGUAGGCUGCAUGACACAGGUCAUCGGUCCGUUGCCACCCAAGUGGCACACGCUGUGGUUGAAAUUGAUAGAGGAAACGGACAACGCACUCAAACGUCUUGACCAAAGUUUUGAGCCGCGCAGGUUGGCCAUUAUUUCCCACGCAGAAAAGACCUAUGAGAGUGACGACGACGAAUACCACGUGAAAGACGACUACGAGGCAUUGACUUGUCUCCUAAGCGUGAUGGAAGGGCUCAUGCAGCAUGACCUUGAGAAAUGCAGCUCCGCUCAAGAAGCCGCGGCGAAAAUUCAGUGGCACGAUUACCGGAGAGACUUGGGGACAGAUGUAUCCGAGGAAGACGUUACUGAGAGCGAGGAGGACCAGGAGUCUGACAGCUGA